GUAUAUCCUAAGGUGAGGCUGUUUCGUCACUAAGUUGGUUCGUAGAGCGGUAUAUGAAAACAGUACGGAAGAAAGCAGAAGGGGAAUUAUUUGUUUGUAGCGUGAAACCGACAGACUGCUCACGACCGAGCUUCGGCACUAGCGUAUUGUGUUUUGUUUACAAACAAAACACAGUAGACUUCCAAGAUGGCUGAAGAGUGGUUUCAGCAAGUUGGCCCACCUUAGGAUAUACUUCUAGAUGCCUUGAGUCAAACCAAUAUAAACAAAGUAAAAGAUCCUUGUUCCGGAAAAAUGAUUUUAAAUAAUACCAAAAUUUGUAUCGAACAGUGAUGUUUUUGAUGGUGCAUAAUUUCGCUAAGUAGCGGUACCGCGGUAUUACUCGGUAUUACUUCAGGGUCAUAAAAUAAAAUGUAACAUGAGAUUACGAAAAAGUUGAGUUAUGACUAGUUACGAAUCUCUAGCAGGGAACAACUCCCCUGGCGGUUCUUGUUACCGAUUAAAACACAUAAAGCUAUACCGUAUAGGAAUUUUCAUUGCCGCCUGUUUGUUGCUGAUCCCGUUUGUUUGCUAUUAUCUCUUAUUGAAUGAUGAAUCGAAUAUACCCAGCAAUGAUAUCCAUCGAUCCCGAUCUCAGAUGGAAACAUUUGAGGAUAUUAGCCCUUUGAAGGCAGCUGAUUUGAAACUCAGGAUAGAUGAAAUGCUUAGAAUUAAAGGAACAGUUUCUUUGGAGCUACGAGAUUUGGAGGCCCGUCGUCAAAAGCUUCAGUCCGAUAUUGGACUGCACAAUCAGAAAAUAGAUGAACUCAAACAGGAACUAGCCAGACAACAGACGGAGCUUGAACGAUUGAAAAUAUCCGUUGAGCAAGCACAAGUUGCGCAACGCGAAGCUGUACUUCGCAACACACCUGAGCUAGCACUACCAAAGCCAUUAUUCUCGUUUGCGGUACCAGGUGUACACCGUCCCAUAUCAGUAAACCUUGUCGGGCAAUGUAAGAUGAGUACAUGCUUCGACCAUUCCCGUUGCAGUUUGACAUCAGGAUUUCCGGUUUACCUAUAUGAUCCUGACGUUAAUUCGAUUGUGAACUCUGGAUUCGAUGUAGACGGAUUCCUGAAGACUACGAUAAAGCAAACACUAGGAUAUAAUGCUCAUCUCACGGAUGACCCCAAAAGAGCGUGUAUAUUUCUUGCUUUGGUUGGCGAGGCUUUGCAAGAGCAAGAGAUAACGCGAAAUAAUAGGUAUGGUGCGACCAAUAUCGAAAAUGUGAAGCAGGUGAUGUACUCUAGUUUAAACACAACGAAGCUGAAGCAGCUAGCGUAUUGGGGAGGAGACGGCCGGAACCACGUACUGUUGAAUCUUGCACGUCGUGAUCUGAGCAUUGGAACAGGGAACGUGUUUCGGAAUUGCGACACAGGCCGGGCCAUGCUGGUUCAAUCGAGCUUUGAAGAGGGACAAUUUCGAAAGGGUUUUGAUUUGAUUGUGCCGCCAAUUUUAGGUCCUCCCGGUGGAGAUGUGUGGCAGGAAUGUAGCACCAUGCUGCCUGCCAGGAGGAAAUAUUUGCUGAGUUUCCAGGGGGAGAUGAAUGUACAAAAUCAAUCAAGCUUGAAUCAUGUUGAUGAGGAAGCAGAAACAGUAGAAGAAUUCAUAAUUGAACAUUUGAAGGAAAUGUCAGCUGGGCACACGCAGGACCGUUUUUUGUUACAAUUUGAGUGCAUUCCUGCUACAGAACAGAAGCAUUCUUCUUCCAUUAGAGACUGGUCUUUAUGUGGAACGGAUAAUUCAAGGAAAUCUGUUUUGAGGGAUGCAACCUUUACUUUGCUGUUGGCGCCCGGAGGAAACAGCAUAAGUUCAACAUUGUUUCAAGCUCGUUUCUAUGAAGCGUUACGUGCUGGUGCUAUUCCAGUUAUUUUAGGCGGUGAUCAAGUCGAACUGCCAUAUGCUGAAACGAUUGAGUGGCGGAGAGCCGCUAUAUUGCUACCGAAAGCAAGAAUAACCGAGUUGCAUUUCCUGUUGAGAGCAAUUCCAGAUGCGGAUCUUCUCAGUAUGCGUCGACAGGGUCGAUUGAUUUGGGAACGAUACCUGAGUUCGGUACAGGUAACAGUGGAUACUAUAAUCGCCAGCUUGAGAGACCGUCUUGGCAUCCCGCCAAAGCCAGUCCAACCCGUUGUAGCGCAUAGUGUCUUCAACGCUAGUUUCAUCCCAUUGAAGUCUGAUCCUGUGCUGGAAACAGAACCCGAGGAAUCACUUGGGCCCAUUGAACCACCUUAUCCGAGUCCAGCGUUCCGUCGAAAUUACACUGCUCAUUUAAUUCAAUCUCGUGAAACAUGGAACGAUUGGGCUGAUCCGUUUGCACUCUAUCCACAACUUCCCUUCGAUCCAGUGUUACCAUCGGACGCCAAAUUUAUCGGUUCUCACAUGGGAUUCCGACCGAUAGGCAAGGGCGCCGGUGGGGCUGGAAAGGAAUUUGGAGAAGCUCUUGGCGGGAACUAUCCGCGUGAACAGUUUACUAUAGUAAUUUUGACAUACGAGCGUGAACAGGUUUUAAUGGAUUCUCUUAGUCGGCUUUAUGGAUUACCGUACCUUCAUAAAGUGAUUGUCGUUUGGAAUUCGCCGAAACCACCCCUUGAAGAUCUUCGCUGGCCCGAUAUUAGCGUCCCGGUGCAUGUUGUCCGUGCGCCGCGCAAUUCGCUGAAUAAUAGGUUCCUUCCGUUCGAUGCAAUCGAAACUGAAGCGGUACUUUCGGUUGAUGACGAUGCCCAUUUGAGACACGACGAAAUACUUUUUGGUUUCCGCGUGUGGCGCGAACACAGAGACCGUGUUGUGGGUUUCCCGGGACGGUUUCACGCGUGGGAUACCAACACAUUGGACGCAUGGAACUACAACUCCAACUACAGUUGCGAGCUGAGCAUGGUUCUCACUGGUGCCGCUUUCAUACAUAAGUACUAUACAUAUUUGUAUACUUACGCACUGCCGCAGGCGAUUCGAGAUAAGGUUGAUGAAUACAUGAAUUGCGAGGAUAUCGCAAUGAACUUUCUGGUAUCACAUGUCACACGGAAGCCUCCGGUGAAGGUUACUUCCCGAUGGACGUUCCGUUGUCCUGGGUGUCCGGUUUCACUCAGCGAAGACGACACCCAUUUCCAAGAGCGACACAAAUGUAUAAAUUUUUUCACAAAGGUAUUUGGCUACACGCCUCUGCUGAACACUCAAUACCGAGCCGAUUCCAUCCUGUUCAAAACACGAAUACCACACGAUAAGCAAAAGUGUUUCAAAUUUAUCUAAACUGAUAGUAAUAUAUUUUUUUUGAUGCUCUAAUCAUCACAAGUCACCUUGCAUGGAUUUGCUUUUAGAGUAAUAUUAGUCUUAAUUGUGAACACACACAUUAUAUCUAAGCAAACAUUCACAGCACUACACUUUGACCAAAAAAUAUGAAGCUGCAAAGAAAUCGUUGUGACGAUUUGGACAAGUAUGACUAUGUUAGUUAUACAAACCCUUUUAAUCUCUUGACAGCUGUUCACUGAGCUGCUCUGUAGCUCGUUAUCUAUAUACGGCGCACGGAUACGUUAGUUACAUUCUCUUAAAACUUUGUUAAUCAUUUUAUUUCUUCGUAAAGUGCCACAAUAGUUAUAAUACUGAAGGAUAUUUAUUGUAUUACACUGGCGGAAUGAUUCAAUAUAUGUUGUACGGUUUCCUUUCUUAAUACAUCUUAAUA